CAGCUCGCGAUUCGCCCGCGUCGCCAUCUCCGAUUCUCGCGUGGUCCAUCCAUGCUGAGCAGAUAGAAUACCUAGGUAUUCUAAACAUGCCCCCGGCCUUGUCCCUGUGAUUAUAAAUUGCGCCUGAGUCGCCGCCACUCAUGCUAGAUUUAUCUAUAGUCCACAGAUCUAACGUCGUGCAACUGUAACCUUCUCAUCUACCUUCCGUCUCCCGACUAACAAUUUUGCAUCGCUUCAAAUCUUUUGUUCGAAUCCAUACCUCGACAACGCGAAAAACGCGACUCCUUUGCGAAACAGCCGAAACCGUCGUUCGUGAAUCUUAAAUCCGACGUCCUGAAAAUGACCGCAGGCAACUACAAGCACGUUUACAAGUUCAAUGUGGCCAUGUCCUGCGGCGGCUGCAGCGGUGCAGUCACCAGGGUCCUGAAGCGAUCCAACCUUCGAAAUCUCAGCGACCCAGAGGACACGGAAAAAGUCGAUCUUGACGCCAAGACUGCUGAGGUUUACGCCUUGGAGUACACCGACGAGGCCACAAAUGCUCCAACGACCCUCUCUUUCGAGAAGGUGCUCAAGACAAUCCAAGGCACUGGCAAGAAGGUCAACUCCGCCGAGGCCGAUGGCGUUGCGCAGCCCGUUUGAGCGCACAAUCCCGAAUACGGAAGACGCAUUUUCUCCUCGCACGAUCGAGUGUUG